AUGGCAACCUCCCGCUCCGGGACGUCCUUCGGCGGCCCCGGCUCGCCCCUCGCGCUGACCGGCGCGGCGCUCGAGAGGAUGCGAAAGCCCGCGUCGGUGCUCAGCCCCGAGCAGAUCGAGGAGAUCAAGCGCGCGCGUCGCGCCGCUCGCGACGCGGAGGCCGAGGCUUCCAAGUCGCGCAAGGAGCGCAUGCUCUCCACCCAGUCCUCCCGCGACGCCUCCUCCGACGCGGGCUCCGAGAGCGAGCGACUCAAGGCGAUGAGGGCGGAGAUGACCAAGUCGCGCGCGCAGACGCUCCUCGACGAGCAGCUCGACGAGGUCAAGAACAUGAACCAGAUGAUGCUCUACAGCAAGUGCGUCACCAUCAGGGACGCGCAGCUCGAGGAGAAGAAGCACGUCAAGGCUGAGGCGGCAGAGGAGGAGCGCAGGCUGGACGUCAUGAUGGAGGUUGAGAGGCUCAAGGCGCUCGACCUCUACGAGGCUCGCGAGAAGCAGAGAGCCGCGGACCGACGCCAGGGCGCCGAGGUUCUCCAGAAGCAGAUCGCGGAGCGGGCGAAGGAGCGAGAGCUCCAGGACGAGCUCCUCGACAUGGACAGGAAGCUGAUGCUCUCCGAGAUUCAGCGCAUGAAGGACGAGGCUGAAGCCGAGAGCAGGCGCAAGAAGGAGGCUGGCCAGAAGCUUCUCGCGGAGGUUGCCAAGGCCAACGCCGCGCAGCUGGAGCGCAAGAAGCUCAUGGUGCAGAGCGAGCGCGAGGAGGAGGAGCGCAUCGCGCGGUACAUCGCGGAGAGGGACGAGCGCGAAGCGCGGGAGCAGGCUGAGAAGGAGCGGGUGGCGAGGGAGAAGGAGCUCGAGACGGCUAGGCUUAGGGCGCAGCAGGAGAAACACGCCGACACGGCGGCGGCGAUGGACGAGCUCAGGGCCCAGCGCAUUCAGGAGGCGCACGAGAGGGCCUACAGGGAGAAGGAGAGGGCCGCGGCUGAGCGCGAGCGCGCCAUCAACGAGGACCUUCGCGUCGCUCGAGAGUACCAGAAGAUGCUCAAGAUGAAGCAGCUCAGCGACCAGGCCAGGCAGGAACGAGACGAGUUCUUCAGGGUCAUCGACGUGCAGAUGCAGAAGGAGGAGGAGGACGCCAACCAAGCGGCGCAGCUCGCAGCCAUGCGCAGGCAGCACAAGGAGGAGCUCCAGUCGCAGAUUGCGUACAACGAGGAGAUGCGCCGCCGAGAGAGGCGAGAGUACCUCGAGGAGGGCGACCGGGUGCGAGCCAACCUCACUGCGGAGAGGGCCAGGCUGGAGGCGAUCAAGCAGCGCAAGCUGGAGGAGCUCGCCGCGAGCGGGGUUCCGGAGAAGUACCUCGCGGAGCUGGCGAAGAAGAAGAUCGCCGUGUGA